AUGGCUAGCUACUUGAGCAGCACUGCUCCUUUUGAGAGCUUCAAGGUGACGCUGCACCACGCCAACCGCUUCCUCUCCUCGCAGGCCCAAGAAGCCUUCCAUGAUCAUGCGGGCGGCGUUGUCGCCCCGGCGUCGUUGCUCAAGCUGGAGGUACUCGGCGGGUCCACUUGGAGCGUCGAGUUCGCGCCAUUCAUCGCCGUCAACGCUCGCGCUGCGCGUCUGGUCGAUUCGCCCACGCUUGUCGGCGGUGAGACCCCUGCCGUGGAGGAAAACGUCGGCGGCUGGUGCCGUCACGUCGAUGUCCGCAUCGAUGCCAUCCUCAACGACUUCCGCAGUCACAACCAUCCCUCCGCCACGGCGAGCCUGAAGCGGUCGUCGGUCUUCUUCGGGGCCAACGGCCUCGAUCGUGACUUCGAGUUCCCCGCGUCCAUGGGACUCUUCUAUCCGGAAAGGACGGCGCACGGCUUUGACAUCGACUUCGUCUUCACCUUGCAUGAGCCGGGCCUGGUGGCGGUGCCCUCUCCUUGGAGUCCGGAAGUGAAGCAUCAGCCGGCAGGUCGGAACGGCAAGCAUGCACAGCCUGGCUCAUCGAUCGCUCCAGCCGCGACGGCCGCGCAGGACGGCGUCAGCGAUCGUGCUAGCAUCCGUGCGUUCGGCCUCGUCACUCUGCCGGAGGCGACGCUCGACACGAUUGCUUCGACCCUGAACGGAGGGGCUUGGGGCGACGUCUGCUUCGUCCUCAAGGACCCCGGCUCGAAUCGCGAUUUUGCCUCCGUCUACGGCAACUCCAAGCUUAUCGGCAGCCGCUCGCUCCAUCUGCGUCGCCUGAUAGAAGAGGCAGGCAGGAGCAGUGUGCAGGACGCGAUCGAGGCCUUGAUCGAUGGCAAGAGAUCGGCCGACAAAGGUCUCGAGCAGCAGCGCUUUCCUCAUGAGGUGGCCGACUCAGACUACGGACUCGUUCUCAAUGGAAGCGGCGCCGAGAGUCCACGCGGAUCCCAGGCGAGGUCUUCGACGCCGAUGUCACCCUCCUCGCGCUUCACCGAGCAGGACGUCGACGGAGGACGCGUGGAUUGCUACCGAGCCGACCCAGGAGCCCCGAGUCCCGCUCGCAGUCACCCGAGCACCGGCCGCACCCUCGCCUUCGGCCGCUUCCGUCCACGCAAGCUCAAGCAACAGCACAAUGCCACGCUGGAUGCGAGCAUCGACUUGUUCGACCUCGGCCUCGACGAAGAUCCCACCACCACGGUGACGCGCUCCGCAGCAACGAGCUCCGAUCCGCUUCGAGGGGCGACGCCAUGCGACGGCAUCGGGGCGGGGCAGCCCAUCAGAUACAUCGCCAUCCGGGACGCGGCGUUCACCACGUUCAGCCGCGUCGUUCUGUGGCUCGAAACGGAUCAGAUCGUCUUCGCUCCUCUCUCGAGCGCUCAGCAGGUCGCAGAGGACGAGGGCGUCGCCAGUGUCCCUGGUUUGCGCCCGACCCCGUACGGUGCCACGAUGCCCACCGACUCUCCGUGGCAGACCCGCGACGGCUUCGUUCAGGCCUACCUCCGUUCUCACCCCGACCAUCCCGCGCCCGCCAGCGCCAAGUCCGUCUAUCGACUGGCGGAGACGUUCCAGCUGACGGAGCUGCAGGAUCUCGCUCUUGCCCACAUCUGCUCGCAGCUGCGCCCGUCCAAUGUCCUCUGCGAGCUGUUCAGCCCCUUUACGCUGCGCUAUCCCAAGGUUCGUGAGAUGCAGCUCGAGUACGCGCUGCAGCACUGGGAAGAGAUCAAGCAAAGGCACCCGAGCAACCUGGACAAGAUCCUCCAGCAGAGCCACUUCCUUCCCGAGGCGUCGAGGCUGCUCGGUAGGAUGCUUGGCAUGGCAACGAUGCAAGUGGCCAACAGGGAGGAGCAGAGGGCGAUGCCAUCGCAGCGCCACGUGGAAGAAAGAUCGACGCAGCAGGCGGUCGCCGCUGCCAAUCGCUAG